AUGGACAAGUUUCAAGGCUUAAUAUUGUUUCUGCUGCUCAUGUUCAUCACUUCGUAUUGGUUGUUCUAUGGAACGUUUAAGGACGGUGUUAAAAUGUAUAGGGAAAGCCAUUUGUCCUUGCAAUCAAAAGAGAAUCGUGUUUCCGUUGAACAAACGAAUACUUUUCCGAUAACAAGCAACAACCAUGUAACCAUACCUCUCAAAAAGAAAGGAGUGAUCGUAUAUCUUCUCCAUGAGAAUGAAAUAUCUAAUUAUUUAAGGAGCAUUGAGCUGUUACACAAAAAUUUCAAUAUGAAAUACAAAUAUCCCAUAUUAGUAUUUUAUGAAAAAUCUCUAAAAGAAGAAUCAUUGAAUCAGGUAAAGCUUAUGACAAAAUCUAUCGCGUCGGAAGUUCCAUUAGAGUACUAUUACAUAAAAUUUGAAAUACCUUCUCAUUGGGAUCCAGUGAAGCAGCCAGUCAAAGUACAAUGGUCUCUAGGCUACAAAUGCAUGAUCCGAUUUUACUUUAAGGAAAUUUUUGAAUUACCAGUGAUUCAACAAUAUGAAUACUAUUGGAGGCUUGACACCGAUUCUUUUAUAUUAGAAGAAAUGAGCUAUGAUCCGUUUGAAAAGAUGAAAGCAAAUAACUAUGCAUACGGAACCAUUGCACUUGAUGAAGAUGCAGGACCGGUUGUUGCAGGUAUGACAACAAUGGUUCAAGAAUAUAUAAAUACAAGACCUACCAACGCUUCUCUCAAUUCUUACACUCCAAAUACCAGGAUGGUAUAUAAUAAUUUUGAGGUGGUACAAAUAGACCGAUUCUUGGAUCACAGGGUUUUAGAUUUUGUGGAUUACAUUGACAAAUCCAAUAAUAUUUUCAUUCGAAGAUGGGGAGAUGCACCGUUGCGAUUUGCAGAGUUGAACCUUUUCUUUGAUUGGAAAAAAGAAGUACAUAUAUUUUGUGACAUCAAAUAUGAGCAUUCACACCACAGUAAAAUCAUUUAUAACAAGUGUUAA